CGCUUGGCCGGGAGGAUAAACACGGGGGGGGAGAAAUGCUUAUUUUAGGCAUAGAGAUCAGCCUCGGAUCGGUUUCGGCCGUGUUGAGAUUUCAAAUAUUACUUAUAUGACUGGGCAGAAUUAACUCGACGGCGAUACAUGCGCUGAAAUUCAGUCGAAAUGUACGCAGCGCGUAAUAGCGCAAAGAAGACAGGUAGCAAGUGCAGUACCUAUAUACGAAGUACAGAGAGAGAGAGAGAGAGAGAGAGGCCGAGGCGCCGCUCCGGAGCCACCUGUUGCGCGACGAUCCCGCGUCGUCGUCGGCCGCAACGGCCGCCGGUUUAAGUAGAGGUAGCAGCUAAAAGAGGCGCAGGUACGCGCCGUAAAGGAGCGCUUUGAUGCGGCGCUGCGUGCAUAUGGAGGGGGUUGCUCUCGCUCGGCUCCCAUUGGCCGGCAGCACGUGCUCCGCGAGGGGCUGCACGGGCUCUCGAGCCAAUAAAUCCAGCCGCGCGGUCGCUCCCGCUUCAGAGAUCAUCUCGACGCGCUCGAGUUCGCAUACGCACACGGUCUUGGACACAGCAGUCACAACACGUUCAAGUUUCUCCCGCGAGUGCAGUGUUCGUAUAUAUACAUUUUAAACUCGGAACCAGUGCAGCCAUGGAGAUGGACAUGUUCCGCUACAACUACAACUCGUUCAUGCCGCAGCAGCAGCAGCAGCAGCAGCAGCAGCAGCAGGAAGAGCUGCCGACGUACCUGGACCUGCCGGUCGGCUACCCCAGCGCCUACUGCAAGGACAAGCUGAGCCUGCCGCCGAUGAGCAGCCUCUCGGUCCUCCAGCCGAUUCCACAGCACUGCACCGGCGCCUACGACAACAACAGCGACGGCUGGCACACUCCGAGCCCGGCGGCCUCCUUGCGAUCGCUCAGUCCGACCAGCACGUCCCUCGCCUCCGAGCCCGACACCAACUGCCACCAGUACCACUCGUUCCAGCAGCAGCACUUUGCCGAGCAGUACUCCCAUCAGCAGUACACUCCCGAGCCCCAGCAGCAGGUUAUGACGAGCCAGCAGCAGGUUAUGCCGAGCCAGCAGCCGCAGGAGCAAGCACCACGAGGUACGAGCCACGAGGAGGAGGAGGAGGAGGAGGAGGAGGGGGAUAGCGAGGCCGAGAGCGAGCUCGACUCCUCGGGAUCGUCCUCGACGCGCAGACGCGGGGGCAAGUGCGUCAACUCGACGAUCGUGAGAAAGAGGCGACUCGCAGCCAACGCCAGGGAGCGCAGGCGCAUGCAGAACCUCAACAAGGCCUUCGACAAGCUCCGCACCUACCUGCCGUCGCUCGGCAACGACAGGCAGCUCUCCAAGUACGAGACCCUGCAGAUGGCCCAGUCGUACAUCACCGCGCUCUACGACCUGCUCCAGUAGUGAUUUUUAUUUUUUAGAAUUUUCUCGUUGUAAAUAUAUAUAUAUAUAUAUCAGGUAGGCGGUUUCCCGGCGUUAGGGAGGAAUCUGCGGAUCAACGUUACACGCGUCUAUUGUAAAUAAUAGUUUUGUAAAUAUUAUUAUUAUUAUUAUUAUUAUUAUUACUGUAGUGUCGAUCGCCAGUCGCGUAUAAGCAUAUCUCGUUGCCAAAUAGAAGAAAAAUUGUAAAUAUAUUCAAGUUCUUUCCUCUUUUGUAUCGCACGUACACGUAUUAGUAUUAGUAUUUGUAUUAUACCGAGAUACAAUUCUACAAGAGACUGAUAAAAAACAAAAACGUACACUUUGAUAUGGUUCUCUACGCAUAUCACGUAUUAUGUUAUAUUAUAUUAUAUUGCUGUUGAGAUGAAUAAAACGAUACGAAUGAAUCUUUAACCAUAA